AUGGCUCACCUGGUGUAUUCUGAUUCAAUGAAUGGUGGAUCACAGCAUGGUCAAGGUGUGGAAUUUUUUCCAUCGAAGACAGGGUCCCUAAAAGUGUUGCUACUACAUGGGAAUUUGGAUAUUUGGGUUAACGAAGCUAAGAAUCUCCCAAACAUGGAUUUAUUCCACAAGAAGCUUGGUGAUAUGUUUGGUAGAUUUGGUUCUAAAAUGGAAGGGAACACGACCAACAAGAUAACGAGUGAUCCUUAUGUCACAAUCGCAGUCUCCAAUGCGGUAAUUGGUCGAACUUUUGUGAUAAGUAACACUGAGAACCCUAUUUGGAGGCAGCAUUUUUAUGUUCCAGUAGCACAUUAUGCUGCAGAAGUUCAGUUUGUGGUUAAAGAUAGUGAUAUUGUCGGCUCUCAGACUAUGGGGGCUGUUGGGAUCCCGGUGGAGCAGUUAUUUUCCGGGGAAAGAGUCGAGGGUACUUAUCCCAUACUCAAUGCGAAUGAGAAACCGUGUAAAGCCGGGGCUGUUUUGAGUCUAUCAAUUCAGUACACACCAAUGGAAAAAUUGUACAUUUAUCAUGGUGGAGUGGGAUCAGAUCUUUCGUAUCAGGGUGUCCCGGGUACUUAUUUCCCUCUAAGGAGAGGAAGUAACUUGACCCUUUAUCAAGAUGCUCAUGUGCACGAUGGUUCAUUACCGAAUUUGUGGUUGGCGAAUGGGAUGCUGUAUCAGCAUGGACAGUGUUGGCGGGAUAUUUACGAUGCAAUAGGUCAGGCUCGACGUUUAGUUUAUAUUACCGGGUGGUCUGUUUACCAUCUAGUUCAACUUGUCAGGGACGAUCCAAAUGCAACAGAUAGCAGCUUAGGCAAGCUACUGAAAGUCAAAUCACAAGAAGGUGUGAGAGUGCUGCUUCUUGUAUGGGAUGAUCCUACUUCUAGGAGCAUUCUCGGAUAUAAAACUGAAGGGAUGAUGAAUACAAGUGACGAAGAAACACGUCGUUUUUUCAAGCAUUCAUCAGUGCAAGUGCUGCUGUGUCCUCGAACUGCUGGGAAAGGUAGCUGGGUCAAAAAACAGGAAACUGGUACGAUCUACACUCAUCAUCAGAAGAGUGUGAUUGUAGAUGCUGAUGCUGGUAAUUUCAGGAGAAAGAUCAUAGCAUUUGUUGGAGGCCUUGACUUAUGCAAGGGCCGAUAUGAUACGCCAAAACAUCCAAUUUUUAGCACAUUACAAACUGUUCACAAGGAUGAUUAUCAUAAUCCUAAUUUCACAGGGCCUGCUGUUGGUUGUCCAAGAGAGGCAUGGCAUGAUUUACACUGUCGAAUAGACGGUCCAGCUGCAUAUGAUGUCUUAACUAAUUUUGAGGAGCGUUGGUUAAAGGCGUCAAAGCCUCAUGGCAUAAAGAAAAUGAAAGCAGCACAUGACGAUAACUUACUCAAGCUUGAUAGGAUACCAGAUGUAUUAGGAAUAGAAGAGGCUGCCUACCAAAAAUUAGAUGAUCCCGAGACCUGGCACGUCCAGAUUUUUCGUUCAAUUGACUCCAACUCUGUUAAAGGUUUUCCUAAAGAUCCAAAGGAGGCUCCAGACAAGAACCUGGUAUGUGGGAAGAAUGUACUGAUAGACAUGAGUAUACAUACAGCUUAUGUCAAGGCAAUUCGUAGUGCCCAACAUUUCAUUUACAUUGAGAACCAGUACUUCCUUGGUUCGUCGUACAAUUGGACCAAUUACAAAGACUUGGGUGCAAACAAUUUGAUACCUAUGGAAAUUGCUCUAAAGAUUGCUAACAAAAUCCGAGCAAGGGAGAGGUUUUCAGUCUACAUUGUCGUCCCCAUGUGGCCGGAAGGUGUUCCUACAAGUACUCCUACUCAAAGAAUUCUAUUUUGGCAGAGUAACACAAUGCAAAUGAUGUAUGAAACUAUAUACAAGGCCUUGGAAGAGGCAGGACUUGAGAAAAUGUAUGAACCCCGAGAUUAUUUGAAUUUCUUUUGCCUCGGGAAUCGUGAGGCUCACGACGGUGGAAGCAUUUCAGAUACUGCUAAGAGUUCAUCCACAAACACUCCACAGGUACUCACUCGGAAAAGUAGACGCUUCAUGAUCUAUGUCCAUUCAAAGGGAAUGAUUGUAGACGAUGAAUAUGUGAUAUUGGGAUCUGCUAACAUCAACCAACGCUCUCUCGAAGGAACUAGAGAUACUGAAAUUGCCAUGGGCGCAUAUCAGCCGGGAUAUACAUGGGCUAGCAAGCAUACUAAUCCACAUGGACAGAUCUACGGAUAUAGGAUGUCACUCUGGGCCGAGCACACGGGUACACUAGAGCAAUGUUUUGAGCAACCCGAGAGUCUUGAAUGUGUGAGACGUAUCAGAUUGAUGGCCGAACAUAACUGGAAACAGUUUGCAGCGGACGAAGUAAGUGAAAUGAAAGGUCAUCUACUUAAGUAUCCGGUCGAAGUGAAUAGAAUGGGGAAGGUUCAUCCUCUUCCUGGCUGUGAAACAUUCCCAGAUAUGGGUGGCAAAAUUGUUGGUACAUUCACUGGGAUUCAAGAGAAUCUCACAAUUUGA